AUGGACGUUAGAGCAGCUCAGAAUCCAAUAAUAUGCUUGAUGACUCGGAGGAUGGUUGGAGGAGUCAACGAGAAGGCUCACUUGAUCGAUAUUGGUGGAACUGCUACACAACCUGAAAGACUAUGUAACUCCCUCAUGAAGCUGCAAGAUACUGGCUCGAAAGCAGCAUUCUCAGUCCUCAGCAGAACUCCUUUGCUGAAGCUGGAUCUGCUCGCGACUCGACACAGGUGGUUUGUUUUGGCUGAGCCGGGAAGUAGCAAGAGGUUCAAGGCAGAACCCACGAGGAAGGAACCCACGAGAAAGAGAACCACGAGGAAGAGAACCCACGAGGAAGAGAACGAACCACGAGGAAGAGAACCACGAGGAAGAGAACACACGAGGAAGAGAACCCACGAGGAAGAGGAGGAAGAGAACCCACGAGAAGAGAACAACGAGGAAGAGAACCCACGAGGAAGAGAACCCACGAAGAAGAGAACGAGGAAGAGAACCCACGAGGAAGAGAACCACGAGAAGAGAACCACGAAGAAGAGAACCCACGAGGAAGAGAACCCACGAGAGAACCCACGGGAAGAGAACCCACGAGAGAGGAAGAGAACCCACGAGGAAGAGAACCACGAGGAAGAGAACCACGAGGAAGAGAACCACGAGAAGAGAACCCACGAGAAGAAACCCACGAGGAGAGAACCACGAGAAGAGAACCACGAGAAGAGAACCACGAGGAAGAGAACCCACGAGGAAGAAACCACGAGAAGAGAACCACGAGAAGAGACCCACCCACGAGGAAGAGAACCCACGAGAGAAACCCACGAAGAAAUGGUUUUACAUCCCUCUUCGCUCGGAAAGGAACGACCGAAGCUAAACGCCGGCUUUCGAUCGGCCCUGACAAGCGGAGGCAAUAAUUUACCAUCAGAACCAAUAAGCCGGGCUUCCUCGCCCCACCUGCAAGGGAGCGACUCGGCUGUUUCAUUUCCUACAAAGGCGUCGCGUUUACUGCCCUGGAGCCCCCCGCGUCACUCGUCUUUUAAAGCAGUGCUCCUCACACGCAGGAACCUGAGAUCCCCCGAAGGACGCGAAGCAGGUGACUCGCCGACGGACUCUGACGGGUGGCUGGCUGGCUGGCUGGGUCUCGGCGGGGCCAGGCUCGUGUUAUUUGCCUUGUGUCUUCUAGAUGGGUUACAACAUCGUUAA